AUGGCGUCCCCGACAACUGUAUUCGUCGUUAUUAUUGUAUUUCUAACAAUUUUAUCAGCCGCCAAAGCUACUGGGACUGUUAAAAUUGGACUAAUGUUACCGCUGUAUGGCGAAGGAGGUCCCUACCAACCUAUUGGCAGAACUGUACCAGGUGCCUUCGAUCUUGCAGUUCAGCAUGUUAACGAAAAGAAUGUUAUAAACGGUUACACCUUAGAAUGGUCAUGGAAGAAUACCAACUGUAGCACAGACAACGCAUUAAUAGAUAUUAUGGAAUUCUGGGAGGAUGGAUAUUUCGGUAUAGUAGGGCCAGGAUGUUCUUGUGUCCAUGAAGGACGAGUAGCGUCAUCUGUAUACAUGCCAAUGAUAGCGUAUAUGUGCAAUGAUGAUGGCGUUUAUGACAAAGAAGUUUUUGAAUUCCCAACGUUUUUCCGUGCCACUCCACAUGGCUCCACAGUAGCAUCACCAAUUGUGACUUUAUAUCAAGAAAUGGGAUGGAAAGUCACGUCUAUUAUUGCAUCUGAUGAUCAAAUCUAUCAGAGUACAUAUUACACAGUAAAGACCUUGUUCGACAGCAAUAGCAUAAAUAUCAUGAAUUAUAGAUCGUUUAACAGCAGUUUUAAGCCUGAUAAUGGAGACGUAUCACCAUUUUUAGAUAUCAUCACAGAGACUGCAGUGACUACAAGAAUUUAUCUCUUUCUUGGACGACAACCACAUCUACAGCAGUUUGCAAUAGACAUGGAAAAUGAGGGUCUCUUGAAGGGUGAUUACUUGAUUAUAGGAGUUUCAAUUGAUUUCCAGUUACGUAAUAGUCAAGAUUAUACUGAUACUGGUGUGAACAGUGAAAUCACCAGACAGGCCUUCAAAUCUGUAUUAAUAGUAGAAUUACAACAACCAGCUAUGAACAACACAGAGUUGGAAAGUUACAUUGCUGUUAUCAGGAACAGAUCUGCUGAGACUUUUGGUAUAGAUAAUACCUUAACA